AUACGCGGAAGAAAAUCCAUUUCAAGGUGAUCAGGAGCCCUGGGGACCUGCUCCAGUUCAUCGAGGAGCUGAAGGAGAGCACCAAGAAGGCCAAGGAGAAGGCGAGCGAGGAGGAGGAGGAGGCGGCAGCGGUGAAGGCUCCCCUGGACCCCCCUGUCCCUGAGGAGCCCCCAGCAGGCGAGAGGGAGCGGCCGGAGGAGGAAGAGGAUGAGGAGGAAGACGGGGACCUUCUGGGUGGCUUUGAGAAAGAGCUGGAGGCCGUUCUGCUGCCCCGGGAGCAGAUGGCCCAGCUGAAGGAGGAGGUGAAGACCGAGAUGGAGAAGGAGUUCGACAACAUCAUCAACGAGGUGGAGGACGAGCUGGAGACGGAGGGGCUGAAGGGGGAGUUUGACCGUAACCAGGCCUCCAAGUCCUUGGCCUCCACCCUCAACCGCCUCAUGGACAAGCUGGACGGGGGUGGCCCAGGCCCCGGGCAGGAGAAGGAGGAAGAGGAUGGGGCCGGGAGGGAGGCCAGCCCCG